GCAAUCACGCUCUUUAAGCCUCGUCGAUAUCGUUUCCCUCUUUCCACCCACACUUGAAAGACAAGCGUAAGAAAAGUCACUCACUCAAAAAGCAACCCUCAAAUAGCCGGCGGCACAUAAUCGUGAGAUCGAUGGCCGAUCACGCCGGUGAACACGAAUCAGUGAUGGAAAAGAUCAAUGACAAAUUGCACGGUCAGGAUUCAUCCUCAUCGGAUUCUGAAGAUGAGAAAAUAUCGCCGGUUGAGGCUGUCAAGUCAAAGAUCUAUCGUCUCUUUGGUAGGGAAAGGCCUGUCCAUAAGGUUCUCGGUGGUGGAAAACCUGCUGACAUUUUCCUAUGGAGGGACAAGAAAAUUACUGCCGGCGUACUUGGGUUUGCCACUGCAAUUUGGGUGCUUUUUGAGUUGCUUGAGUACCACUUGCUUACACUUGUAUGCCAUGUACUGAUCGCUGCCUUGGCAGUCCUUUUCCUUUGGUCAAAUGCAUCCACCUUUAUAAACAAGUCUCCACCCCAAAUUCCAGAAGUCAUUCUGCCUGAGGACAUUGUCCUGGGUGUUGCUGCUGCACUGAGGAUUGAAAUCAACAGAGCUCUUGAAAUCCUUCGGGAUAUUGCCUCUGGGAAGGAGUUGAAGAAAUUCCUCGCUGUUAUUGCUGGCUUGUGGAUUCUUUCAAUAUUGGGGAACUGCUGGAACUUCCUCACCUUGUUCUACAGUUGCUUUGUCUUGCUCCAUACCGUCCCUGUACUGUAUGAGAAGUAUGAGGACCAGGUUGAUGCUUUUGCUGAGAAGGCUGAGGCAGAGUUCAAAAAGCAGUAUGCUGUUUUCAACGUCAAGGUUCUAAGCAAAAUUCCAAGAGGUCCACUGAAAGACAAAAAGAUCCUAUAGACGCGAAUAGGUGGCACCCCUUAGGUUCACAGAGGCUGUCCUCCAGAUGUUGUGAUUCAGUUAUGUUAGAAGGCCCUUUGUUUACUUGUUUUGCUUUAUUAUUACUAAACAAGCGUGGAGUUUUCUUGUGGUAGUUUUGAGUUCCAGAUAUGGUUUUCUUUUUUGUUAAAUUUUGAACGACUGCUGUAAGAUUAUUGGCAGUCAUCAUGGUCACAGUAAACAUCAAUAUGCAAGUGAGUAUUACUUCCAAUUAUAAAUCAGAUAAUGGAAACAC